ACAGACGAAGAAAAAAAACCAAAGGCGAAACCUUUAUCACGCCAGCAAAUUGGGUCGGCAAGCAAGAAAGUCCGACGAGCUUCUUUCUCUGGUCGCCGAUGGUUGGCCUCCGCAGGCAUCAGAUGUGCAAGACCAAGAGCGCCACGGCCACCGCCGCCACGCCCUCCAUGGCCCGCUCCUCCGCCACCACCCCGACCACGGCAACCGCCCACGGCCGCCGCUCGCCCCGUGCGAACACCAACGGCACCCACCCGACCUCCUACUCCACCUCCUCGGCCGCGCUCUCCACCUCCUCCUCCUCCGCGGCCUCCUCCCUGCAGGCGCUCAAGGACUCGCUCCCGGACCUGCCGCUCCUCCUCACCUUCGCCGAGCUCGCCGCCGCCACCAAGAACUUCUCCCCCGCGCACCGCCUGGCCCCCGGGUCGUCCAACUCGUUCCGGUGCGCGCUCCGGGGCCACCCGGCUGCCGUCUUCCGCCGCGCGCUGCGGCGGGACCCGGCCGAGGUGUCGGCGCGGCUCGCGGUCCUCGGCCACUGCCACCACGCCGCCAUCGCGCGGCUCUACGGCGCCGCGGCGUCCCCCGACGGCGCCCUCUUCCUCGCGUACGAGCUCGUCCCGGGCGCGGCGCCGCUCUCCGCGCUCCUCCGCGGCGCCAACAACCCGUCCUUCACGCCGCUCGCCUCCUGGCACUCGCGGCUCCGGCUCGCCGCCGACGCCUGCGACGCGCUCAGCUACGUGCACCUGCAGGCCGGGACCGUCCACAACCGCCUCUCCUCCUCCUCCGUCCUCGUGUGCGGACAGGGCCCGCUGCUCCGUGCCAAGCUCGCGCACUUCGGGUCCGCGGACCUCGCCGGGGAGCUCCCGGACGACGAAUCCGGCGACAAGGAGGCCAGGCAGCGGCGCACGGGGAGCCGCGGGAGGCGGAUCGAGGGCACGCGCGGGUACAUGGCGCCGGAGCUGACCGCGGGCGGGUCGCCGACGCGGCGGUCGGACGUGUUCGCGCUGGGCGUGCUGCUGCUGGAGCUGGUGUCCGGGCAGGAGCCGGUGCGGUACGAGUUCAACAAGGCGACCGGGGACUACGAGCGCACGUCGCUGAUCGAGAGCGCCUCCGCCGCGUCGGCGUCCGGCGGCGGGGAGGGGAUGCGGCAGUGGGUGGACCGGCGGCUCAAGGACUCGUUCCCCGUCGAUGCCGCGGAGGCGCUCACCACUCUGGCGCUGCAGUGCGUGUCCAAGGAGCCCGCGGCGCGGCCGGAGAUGUCGUGGGUGGCCGCCAAGGUGUCCAAGCUGUUCCUGGAGGCGCAGGACUGGGCCGACAAGUUCCGCAUCCCCACCGACAUCUCCAUCUCCAUGGCUCCCAGGUGAGCUCAGAUCCUAACUGCCGCCGAGCGCCAUGGCCGAUCAAUUGCUCGCCGGAGCUGUGAUUCGGCUCCAAGUUGUGGCUGCUGCCAGAGAAUUGUUGAGUGGAUGCCAUGGAAUUGUUGAUAGAUUAGUUGAUUGAUGUUGGAUGUUGCCGUGGCGAUCACAUGCGUGUGAUGCUAACAACAGAUGAGGGCUACCGCUGCUAAUGUGGACGUGUGCAGAUAAAUCACCAUUGGCGUCUUUGUCCUCUUGUUCUUGGUUCUUACUGCUGAUGUGCACAUGAGUGGUUUGUGAUUUAGUUUACACAGAUCCAGCUUUGUCAUUGUUAACAAAAGAAGGUUGAUGCAACACUCCUACUCCUACAUCUGAAAAGAUUCAGCUUUGUAGACAAAAGCAUGUGAGUGGAAAUGUCAUGCAGAGUCCAUUCCACACUGAAACAGGGCAAGGGGCGCUGGCCUCAUUUGGUCCAGAGGAUUUUUGGCAACUGUAACCCCUACACAAUUUCCUGAAUUUCAUAGGGAAAUUACGGAUCUACGCUAUGUUUCAUAGGAAAAUUUCCAUCCACUCCAACCUCUCGAAGAAAUUUGCAGAGUGUUUUUAACCUGCUGGAUCCGAGUUGACUUUUAAACUUAAUGUUUCUCCAAUUUCCACGUUUUAUGGAGUCUUGUUAAACAAAGACUUGAUGAGAGUCCCUCGAGUAAUAGUUCGUAUUACUCAUGUUAGUCGCA